AUGGCGACCCCCGCGCCCCACGCCGCAUCCCCCGGCGCCGCUGAUUGGAGCGUCUCCACGGCAGCAGCAUGGAAGGAGCGCGCCGAUUGGCCGGCGGCGCCCAGCCGGUCGCCAGAAGUCGGGUGGGUGCGUGCGUGCGGCGGACCAAUGGCAGAGGCGUUCUCAUCCGGCGUCGUGGUGGCGCUGGCAGGAAGCGGAAAAAAAAGUCACGAAUGUGCGCGCGGCCGCGUGACGGGGAGCCGGGUGGAGUCGCGCGGCGGCGGCGGCGGCAGCAGAGGAGCGAGCGGACGGCAGGGCAUCUCCGGGACAACGCUCCAGCCUUCACUCCAGUUCUGGUCCUUGCCUGAUAUCUAUUGGAGGAUUGUAUUUGAAGAACCGUCCAUUCUACUGCAAGAUGGCACUGAAGCACCAGGCUUGGCUCAGUGGGUAGCAGGUAUUUGGAACUCGGCCUUGGAAAUCUGUGGGUUCAGGUCGCAGUAUCUCAAGCAGUGCGGUGUUGCUGUUUUAAAUGAGUGCCUAAAACAUCUACGAGUUGUAAACCUCAGCCCCCUCUGUUCUGCCUCCCCACAUCCUCAAAGUCUGCGCCCAGCUACUGGAGUCAUGCUUUCAGCUAUUGUAGGCGGAGGUGUGAGCAGAGGGCAGCAGCUGCCCACGUCCGACGCUGCCUCGUUUCUCCUGGCACAAGAACUGUACAUAAGACUUCGGAGCAGGAGAGUGACCAGAAUGCCUGUCCAUAACAGGCCAUUGCAGCCACAAGGUAUCUCACCGCUCCAUGGGCAUGUUGAGCGGGAUCGGCAGGCAUCCCUGUCGGAGGCUGCUUUCCGUCUCCUUCCCCAGGACCUUCAGUGUAAGAGGGUGACCCGGACCUCGGUCCAGUGCAAGCCCCUUGACCCAGCACCCGCACCCCGAACCCACAGCCUCAAGUCCAGCGGGCGGGCGGUCCGCAAACUGAACUACCGCAGGGUAACGAAUGUCGGGCUAGUCGGAUCACCAGUCAGCGGGAACAGCAGACACAAUCUCAAACCCAGGAAGAGCGAGCUGCUGGCCGAGGGCGAAGGAAGACCGGAGUCUCGUGUUAACCGCAGGAAGCAAGCGAGUGCAAAGUUAUCCAGGGAAUUUGGAUUGGAGCAGAGGAAGAGAGCAAGGGCAGUGGGGAAGAACCACUCUCUAGUUCGGCAGAGCAGGCCACAAUCAGUUGGGAAUCCAGGCAGUAACCAGGCUGAAGGUGAAGUGGGACCUGAGACCUGGUUGUCAGCCAUCAGUGAUGUCACGCUGAAGGUGGAGUUUCCGGAAGACCACAUCCAGCCCCAUGUGCAUCCUGCUGGCUUAAGUGGUGAAGAUGACUCGAACUGCAGAACUACCCCAUGGAUCAGUGAGAGAGCAGAAGAUCACAGUGUGAUGGAUGACUGUGGGGGAGGAUUCCCUGUUGCUAACGUUUGUUGUGAAACAAGAUACAACUCUCUGCUGUGCAGCCGUGUGCCACAGUCGGCCAGCAGUCAGUAUUUGUUCACAGCGUUGGCCACUGAAAUGUGCACAGAAAAUGGAGCCAAUAGCGCUACGUCGGAAGAAAAUACCCGACCCAAGGUUCUGCAGUGUGAAGCUCCAGCAAUGCAUGUCAGGGCAGAGAAGGCCCAAAGGGUAGCUACAGAAGGCAAGAGUACAGGGGAGGCACUUGGCGGGAGUGAACUGAUUGUGGUACCUCUCCACAAAGCAGCCUCUGAGAUUGAUUCCGUUCACCAAGUGCCUUUAAAAGGUAUAGUGACCAGUGAUGUGCCCGACUGGAUUCCUUCAGCUGCCAUAGCAACCAACCAGUCGAUUAUAGGGAAUGACGUGCCUGAUGAAGUGCUUGCUGGUAGUGGAACUGCCAUUCGGACUCUGGAGCAGAAUGGUUUGAUUCCAAGUAAGUCGACUACUGAAAUACCUAUGGAGGGCAAGGUGACCAGCGAUGUUCAUGCUGGUUGGUUGCCCAGCGAGGAGACAGUGGAAGGCAAAGUGAUUAAUCCGUGUGGGACUUGUGCUGUACAGGGAAAAGACCAGCUGGCUGAUCAAUCAAUAAGUGCCUCAACCAGUGCGGUGGCUGCAGACGAUGUGGUGCCCAAAGUAGAGCUGUUGAGAGUCACAAUGACCAAUGCUACUGCCAAUGGUGCGUUGAUUGAGGCAUCUUCAGAUAAUACAGAAACCAGGGCGAAUGAAGUAAUCACAGCCUUUCUUGCUGAAGACGUGAUAUCCAGGGAGAGACUUGAUGGGAAUCACUUGGCCUCUGUGGUGCACACAAGAGAAGAAACUACUACAGAAUUUCCAUCCUUUGAACUCCCAACACAAGAUAAGCUGAUUAAUGUAACCAUACGUACUGUGUCCACUUGCUUGACUACUAAAGAUAUUAUCAAACCCAUCCACUUGGGACUUGUAACAAGCACAUGUGCUGUCCUAGAGAGUGCAAUGCCAGAGGUCUCCCCUUAUGUAUCUGUGGAUAUGACUGGAGAGAGUGAGCUACCCAGUGAAAAGGCAUUGACUAAGAUGCUGUUUGAAAAGACUGUGUUGGUUGAUAUCACUGAAGGUGCCAGUAGAGAACUUUCUGCAGGAGUUAAGCUAACCACGGGAGUGUUGUAUGAUUUGGCAACCGAGGGGGCACUAAUGGAGGAUGAGUUGGCUGAUAUACCUACAGAUGUCACUACUGUUGCCAUGGACCUUUAUACUGGAGGCAAUCCAGCUGUGGAAAGAUGUGGGGGAGAGGAUGAAGCACCUGCGGGCAGUCCGCUGUCUGGGAAUGAACUUGAUCCUGCAUGUGAAAGUGUACUGCCCGACAUGCUGUUGGAUGGCGAGUUAGUCGAUAUACCUACAGAUGUGGUAAGCAAUUAUUUGCCUGGCGAGGAGGGAGUGGCCUACAACAUGAAGCCUUCAGAAGGUGCAACACCCAACGGGGAGAUGGCAGAGAAUGGAUUGCUUGCACUAUAUCCAGAUACCAUCAACAGAAUCUGUGGAUCAACAAAAGCAGUGCAUUCCUCUGCAAUGUCAACCAGUUGUGUUGUGUUUUCACCAGGAUCUUUGACACGUCCUGCAGACAAUAAGGUCUGCAUGGUUCCUGCGGAGGGUGUGAUGUGUGAUAAUAGCUUCACUGUGGAGAAGAGGUUGGUGAGGCCACCACAUGAGACAAAGGGACUGGUCACAGCAGGGCUGACCGAUGAUACUGAAAGUGAGCUUACAGCAGCAACAAAUCUACCCGGAAAUAGGGCUAAAAACGUAGUGGAAUGCAAGAUGGAAUCCUGUAAUAUUAAGAUCUUCCAAAUUAAGGAAUGUGGAACAUUAACCGUCAACAGACCAAAUGUGUGUGCCAGCAAUGAAAGUGAUGCAAUGUGUUGUGAAGUUAAUGGCCAUCGAGCUGUCGAGCCUUGUCACUGUGAGUCCGAGCCUGGUGUGUUGACAGUUACCGAGUACAGUUGGGAGCAGGAGGCAAGCUGUGUGGCAGAUGCACGGGAUGGCAGGGCUGAGCUUGGAUCCGUGUUGGCCAGUGAAGCUGAAGCUGGCUGCUCUGCCAAGAGGAAGGUAUCCAGCUGUAAAAACAAGAGGAAGGGUAUUGCCAGGUUAAAAAGGAGGAAAUUAAACCGCCCAGUGCUCUUCUCAAAUUGUACUCCGAAUGUGCCCAGACUGGAGCAGUCCUGUCUGAACAGGACUUCAGCAUGUGUGGAGUUCUGCAAGAGAGGGAGUAACAGCAUCAGUUCAGAGUUGGGCCACACAGUGCAACAUGUGGAAGAAAUAAAACCAAAGAAUCUGUCUCUCCUACCACUUAAUGAUUUAGCACAUCACAAACUCUGCAAAAAGCCCCUGCUAUUGGAACAGUUAUCGGCCAUUGCCAAUGGCCUGCGUGUGUUCUCCAACGGUGCAGUAAUGCAACAAGAACUCCGUGCGGCACCCAAACACGUGUCAGUGGGCCUGUGUAGAAGGUUUCAUCAAACAAAAAUAAUUAAGGGUCUACGGAUUUGCCUCAGUAGUGAACUAGCAAGCUCCUGUGGUGUGUUUUGUCACUUACUGCCCCAGAGGAAAGAUCAGACCAUCGGUGCUCAUGCUUGUAGCAAACUGCAGCCUUUACUUCCCUCCAGAAGCAGGAAGCAGCCGGACCAUUUUGGCUCUCCUGUUUUGCCCAAUCUCGACCUGAUUUUGCUGCUUUCUUUCAUCAGUGACGGUGGGAGAGUUGAUCAGCACUGUGGGCCUGAAAGGACAAACGUCUCGAUUAUUCCUCGCCGCUCGCGGUGGCUCUCCCGAUGCCAGGCCAACCGUGGCCAGGCCCUUUGCUCGCCUGCUUCGCUGCACACUGUUCUUGCACUUUCAUCUCCAGCCUGCUACAGGCUGUGGACACGGCAGCACAAUGGUGGGAGGGUGUCAAAGGCCCAGUGGCCACUCUUGACUCUAUUUGGAGAGGAUUUGAAGAGACUUAUUCCCCCUGUCCCAUCGGACAGACCUAUUUGGCCACCGUCCUGUAAAUUGGCCAGAGUGGUGUCACGGUGCAGCCAGCACAUCCCAUCUUCCUGCACAUCAACAUCCAUUAGCCUUUCGAACAACUGGCGGUGCAAUCUAUUGGCAGAUACUCCCAGUUACCUUCCGCCCUGUUUUCUCACUGGGAAUGGAGCCAGUUUGAAUGAAGCCAAGUCACUGCUACUCCAACAGACCAAGAAGAGAAGUAAUCUACAGCACCUGAGCUUUGCCUGCAUCGUCGAGCCCUUUCUUACUUUGGCGGACCCACCUACCUCAACUGCAGAAUGCACUGUUGCUGAGAGCUCGUACCCCUCCGCCUCAUCACCCAUCCCCAGCAUCACCUACGUGAAAACUCAACUACACACCCAGAAAAAAGAGGACACUGCGUCCGCUAACAAGCUGGUCGGCAAAUCGAAUGGAUCGUUGAGAAAGGUGUCCCAGAUCCGAAUCCGAAAAACCAUUCCCAAGCAGGACACCAACCUCACGCCCAUGGGCCUGCCCAAAGCCAAGCGAUUAAAGAAAAAAGAAUUCAGUUUGGAGGAGAUAUACACUAACCAGAAUUACAAGUCACCAUCUGCACACAGCAAGUACCUGGAGACUAUCUUCGAAGAGCCUGUCCUGAAGAAGGGGUCCUUCGUCUGCACCAGCCUCCAGAAACGCAAGCGCCUGUUGGAGUUCCAGGACUACACGCUUCCACGCAAGAGGCGAGCGCAUGCCCACGUGAAGGUUCAGAGCCGGACACGAGGCAGGAAGGCCAGUACACGGGAGGAGAACAUAGACUCGCUACUUGUCCAAAAACUGACUGAGUUGGAAGCCUUCCUGGCUGGAGAGGAUACAGGCCACUGAUAUACGUGACUAGGGCUGCGUUGCCAGUCUCUGCACGUCUGGCCCACCUCACGGGGAAUUACGCUGUGGGUCCACCCUGCUAUCUGUUGUUUGUCUGGGGAAAGGAUAGUGUGGAGUUCGUAGGCUGCUGCAUGGUUUUUUUUUUGGUUUUUUUAAAGAGACGACACCCAGUGGAGGCGACAAAUCCUAAGCAGCCUCUUGUGCAAAUGGCACUGACCCACUCUCGUUGGGAGUGAGCAGUGAAGGAAGAAUAUAUAGAAUAUGUAGAAGGCAUUUGUGGAGAAUUAUUCAGAACUAAGUGGAAGGGGGUGGAUGAAAUGAAGUUCAUCUUGUGCUUGCAAUCAAAUGAAGCUGCUGCAUCCUUCUCCCAACGUUUGAUUUGCUGCAAACUAAUUUCUUAGGAGGCAACGGCUGAAGCAUAACCCAGAGAGCAUAUUAUAAUGUUUACAGGACAAUGGAUCUGAAUGUGUCCGAUUGAGGCUGGAUCUGCUGAUUCUCAGAGGGCCCAAACCUUCUAAACGUUUUCUAGUUGAGUUCAGUUUGAUCAGGAGGGAUGCUGAUAUUUUUGUAGCUGAAUAUCUAACCAACUUGAGCCUGAAGUUCUAAAAGUAAAUUUUCCAAAUUAAGUACUGUGCUUCUGUGUGCCUGCCUGCUUCAUCUCCCAGCAUCGAGAGUUCAGGGGCUGCUGACGUGCAAAGUGACCAGCAGAGGGCAGAGUUGCUUGAACCUGACAACUAAUGGGCUUCCCCGUGUAACAGUGACCCAGGGCUCGGCUUCAGCGAGAGCCCUGACGGUGGGUUGCAUACAUGGUUUAUUUUUGAUACUGGCACAAUGUUAGUCGGUCCACAUCAAAUUUUACAAUUACUGCAGAUUUAAUUAGCCUAAUGCUGUACUUUGGUAAUGUAUGCCAUACUCGGGUUUUGAACGGAAAGACUGGCCUAACUCCACUCUAACCGCAGUUAGGUGGACGUCCCUGAUGCUGUAGAUUUGAGUUGGCUUUGUGAUCUGAGUGCUGUGAUUUGAGUUGACCACAAUAAGGCUUUAGUGUGCAUGGGGAAAUUGAGGAAGUACUGUAUAAAUAUUGCACCUUAACUCCUAAUGAAUGCCUAAAUGCUCACUAAAAUAUUCAUAAAAUUGCAGCGUUGUCAGCGGUACUACCUUGUGGUCGGAAAGAGUGAAUUAGCAAUUUAAUACACGGACAAGGAAGGAGACUCGUCGCAUUCUAACUCAUUCAUUCUGGAGCAUUUGGCCCGAGCACAGCUGAGUUGUUCAACCGUUGAAGUUGCAGUCAUCCGAAUAGUGGCCCUUGGGUGGAUGUGUAAGAUUUCACAGUUGAAGAAAACUGUGCGCCCUAGCCAGUGUUAAUACUUCAGCCAACAGGAGAUCCAGCUGCUGAAUUUGCUGAGUAUUUGUGUGCUGUGUAUAUGCUGAAACUGUGAGAGUUACUGUUCUGGCCAAGUCCUCCCUGUAACUGCACUCACUGGAGAUUUAAUUUCGCAAAAAAUGGUACCUGGUAUCCAGGUUCUCUUAGAAACAUCUUUAUUUUUUAAAUACAGGGUACUUGGUUCUUUAAAUAGAGUACAAUCAGCCAUUUACUGCCCUCUCACAUAAAAGGUCUAAAAUCUUGUGUCUGAAUGCAAGACUGUUUCAUGGAUAGACGUCUACCCGAGAUGUAGACAGAGGCUCAAUAGUUAAUACACAUCAUCUGCACAUCCUGUUCAAUGCCAAGUUAUUCUUCACAGGGUAGUCAUGAGAUCAUCAUCAUAAUGCCACAAUGAAAUCAGAUAGUCUUGAGAGAGGAGAAACUCUAACCCCCAACUCUUGGACUCGGGGUCAUUUAAAAAAAUAUAUGCCCCAACACUGAGGCAUUUGGACGCAAGACUCAAAUUCAGCGUCCCUCAAACAACGUUUACUCAAUGUCUGACCAGUCCAGGGUGUACACGUGAGGGCUUGGCCUGGGUGAUACUUGAAUUAUGCCAGGAAAUUGACUAGAGAAUGACGAUAUCCAAUUGAUUGAAAAGUCUUCCAGCUCGGAUAUUGACAACUAUGCCGUGAUAAGACUGGAGGAUCCUGAAUAAAUGAGCUGGAAAAGGAGAAGUUUCCUUUCUCGGCCUCAUCCACCCAUUGGGGUUUCAUGAGACUCUUCCUGCAGUGAGAUUAUAGUGGAGAGCAGCAGUCACUGUAUCACCAGAAUGUACGUCUCAACUCUGGAUUUUUCUCCCAACUUAAGAAUGUGCAUUUAUUCUUCUGCUUGUGUACCCUCUGGGACUGUCCCAGUUCCUUAUAGCUUAUUGAUGUGUGGUUACUGUCAUGUGGAUUGUGUAGGCACAGCGUGGUUCCACAAACUGUAAAUGAGAGAUGACCGAUAGUCUGGAUCAGUAACGUUGAGACAGUAACUCCACAUCAAGUACAAUGGGCUGUAACAGGAUGAGUGGCUGUAGAAGGUUACAAGUAGGUUAAAUCAUAAAUGUUUAGCCAGAACAUCAGGAGAAAUCUUUUUUUUUUUUAAAUGCCUUUGUCUUUUAAUGAUACUUGAACUGCAGCUGUGAGUACAUCCUUGUUUGGACAGUACCUGAGAGUGUGGCACUCCCUUCCAGACUGCACAGAAUGCCUGCUUGACGUGUGUGUUCCAGCCUUUGUUGCCCCCGUUCAUGCUGACGGUGUACUUAUGCUGUGGGUGCUUCAUUCCUCAGACUGGCAGAUCUUCCCUUCUCCCAUCCCCAUGUUCACAGAUCAGGAAGUCUCUUCUCCCCCCCCCCCUUCACCUGCUUCAGCUAUAAACUCCAUCAGCUGCUAUCUUUCCCUUGGGGUUGGCUCACUUGGUUUUAUGAAUUGGGUAGGAGUUGGCAUUGACUAAGAUGGUGCUGCAUCCUGCUGACCAUCCUCCUGGAUGGCAUCUUGGUUUUUUUAGACGUGAGAAUGCAUGUGGGAUGAGAGGGAGUCUUUGUGAUGAACCAGUAGGUAGCUGCUCAGAUGCGGAACAGAUCCCCAGAGAAUCCUUUUUACAGACAUUGCCAUUUGAGUUUAACUAGAAACUUCCCUCUACCACGUUGCAUCUGAUGCUUAAUGGCAGGCAGGGGGUGAUCACCAGAGAGGCAAGACUUCCUCUUUUUUUCCAUUGGAUCUCGAGAGGUCAUUGAACUGAAAUGUUAUUUCCCCCCCCCCCCCCCCCCCCCCCACACAGAUGCUGCCUCACUUGCUGAGUGUUACCUGCGCUCUGUUUUAUUUAUUUCUUCCAUGCAGCCCCAGACCCCGAGUUCUCAGCCGUCCAGUUAAAGCAGUGGUCUAGUUCACAUCUCUUCUGAACGUUUUCAAAUUGUCCGAUUAAUUUUCAGCGCACCAACGGGAACCUUUUUGCCUUUGUAAUAAUUUUCAUAGAAUACACACAAAGUACAGCGUGAACCUAACUUGUGUUUCAGUAGCAAACAUUUCCUAUUUAAUGUGCAUGGAAUGAAGGUGAAGGCAGCCUUAGCGUUUAACCAUGUAUAAAGUGCUUCUGUUUACCCCUUAACACUUCUCUGCCUCUUGAUGUGCCCGUGCAGGGAAUCGGGUGUAAUGUCUGCAGUGGGCACUGGGUUUUGACAUAACACUCUGGGCCCCCAGACACAACACCUCUGGGAAUAGCACUGCAUGUAAGUAACACCUUUGUUGUGCUGUUCAUCAGGAACAGCUCAUCUCUGCCUUCUGACCUUGUGUGCCGUCACCAGUGGUGGAAUGCCAUGCAAUUAAUUGUUCAAGCGUUUGAUUGCCGACUGUUUUGUCCGUGAGGUUGUGUGUGUGAGCUGGCUGACUUUUGCUCUGCUUGGUCAGCUGGAGGAGAUGUGGAUCACCUGCUGUGCAGUACCAAUCUCUACUCCCAGCCCAGGGAGCAUUGGGGCGAGUGUGAAAUCUCCAGAGCAGCUUUGGUGAAGACCAGCUAACACCGCAGAGGGUGGGACCAAGGCUUAAUUCUAGUCAAUGUCGGCCUUUCCCCACUUGUACACAUGUAUAUCUCUGCUAAUGGGAGAGGCCAGAUUUUUGUGACUCCAUCUCCUCUGCCUUUUAUUGCUGAUAUUGGAGGUUCCAAGCUUUGGUUUCACACCAGGGAUAUUAUACCUCGCGGAUAGUGCUGGUUACUUAGUUGGAUUAGUCUUGUUGAUCAGAAUGUCGUGCAUUUGACCAGCUUCUAAUCCAUUACACAAUGCUUUAUUGUAAAUGUAAUUAACUGGUACCUUUUGAGUACCCGUGUGAUUUGUGUGCCCUCUGUGUAGAUUUAUUAAUUGUGUUCUGUUCAAGAGUUGUCCUGUAUAUUUUCAAUGACACUAAUAAAAAUGUUUUUUUUUAA